CAGUCAGCACUGAAAUUCAUUGUACACCAGUGUGAACACAGUUCAAUGUUACAAAGUUUCUGUUCCAAGUAUGUGAAAGGGAUUUAAACAUUGUGAGUCACAGAGCAUUUACCAGAAUAAACAUGUAAUGUGUUGGGUCAGAUGGAGGUGUUGAACGAGGCGACAUGUUCUUGUGUCAUAGAACUAGAGACCUUGUUCAUGCAGACCUUAUACACACCACAACAGAAGCAGAAAAAGAGCCGAAAAUCAAUGCUUAGAGUUUCCUCCAUUGCCAAUCUUCUGUCUCCUUCAAAGUCUAUCAAGAGAGAAAAUGAAUUUCAAAGAUCAAUCAGCUUUAAAGUUCCCCCAUCCCCUGUUACCAAACACAAUGUGACCCCUUACAAGGCCCCCCAGCCUUCCCCCGCAAAGCGGCGACUCAGUCGCACAUGGAGUGAGAUGAUGAGUACUACAGAGGGACAUAUCCCCUCACAGCUGUCACACAGAGACAUCAAAAGACAAGAGGCAAUAUAUGAGCUGUAUCAGGGUGAAAAUGAUCUGGUUGAAGACUUGACCAUCGUAAAAAAGACAUACCGGGAUUCUAUGGAGAAGUUACAACUAAUGACAGCUUGGGAACUAAGCCAGAUAUUUGGUCCCAUUGACAUGCUUAUUCCUAUUCAUGAAGAGCUUGCAUGUGGUCUACAGAACCAGAGACUACCAGAUGGGACGACCCGAGAUGUGGGAGCUCUCUUGGUGGAGUGGGUACAGAAACUAAAGGAGUAUGUUCCAUUCUGUGCCAAUCAGGUGUUUGGAAAGGCUAUGUUGGACGAGAAGAAGAACGAUCCAGCGGUAGAUGAUUUCCUACAGAGGUGCCAGGAUUCUCCUUUCAGUCGCAAACUUGACCUGUGGACUUUGUUAGAUGGUGCCAGAGGGAAGUUUAUGAAAUAUCCUUUAUUGCUGAAAGCCAUUCACAAAUAUACAUGUGACACAGAUGAGGAUAAAGAAUAUCUACAAGAAUCGAUAAAGAUUUCAGAGAAAAUAAUAUCUGAUGCAGACCAGAAAACCGGAGAAGCCAAGUGUAGAUAUUAUGCUGGCAGGGUCUCCUUCCUGUAUGAGGAGGAGAAGUGUGAGGCCCUGGACAAAUCCACCAUGCUUAUUUGUAAUGGCAGUUUGAAGAACAACAAAGGCAGUAAACUUCACAUAUUCUUGUUUAACCAAGUUCUUGUUGUAACCCGUUUGGUUACUACUAAUGGUCACCAGGGAUACCAGGUGUACAGGCAGCCUAUUCCUGUAGAGGAUUUAGUGUUAGAAGACCUUAAAGAUGGAGAGGUUAAAGUGGGGUCAUUUAGGAGUGCUUUCGGAUCUGGACAAACAGUAAAGAAUAUCUUCCGAGUGGGUUUUGUGGAUGGCAACAAAGGUCAGUCUCACACACUGAUUGCUGCAGAUGAACAUGAUAAAAGGCAGUGGCUACAGUGUCUGAACAGCAUAUUAAAAACUGUGAAGAACCCAGCCAAGGAGCUGGAGGAGUACCUAGGACAGCGUCCUGAUCCGGUGGGCCAGUCCUCGGAGUCAGACGGACUGUCGGAGACAGAGUUACAGCCCUUCCCUGAGGCAGAUCUUCACUCCUUGUCUGAGGAAGAGAGCGAUGACCUCAUUUCUGACGGGUCACCAGGAGAAACCUCCAGAAAAACCAAAAGAAAGUCCUCAGGGAAGGAGAAUGUGAAGAUGACCAAAAGGGAUUCCUUGUCCUCUUUGUCAAGUAUCGCUUCCUCUUUGAGAAGUUCUACCUCCUCCAUGAGGAAUUCCAGAUCUUCCCUCAGAAGUUCAUCUUCCUCACUGAAGAGUUCCACCUCCUCUUUGAAAUCAAAAAAGAGUUCCUCAUUAAGGAAAGCUUUCAGGAAAUCUAAAUCAGACUUGAAAUCAGUGAAUGAGAAAUAAUUUUUUUCUACUUUGGAUUGCCAUUCUGAUAUUCUCAGCAAUUAGCAAACAUUUCUUUCAUUUUAAAAAAGAAUCUUGUGCCAUCUUGGAAGCAUUAAUGUUCUUGACUUAGAUUCCAUGAAGGAAUAAUGAAGAGAGUAAAUAUACAAGUAUGAUGUACAAAGUACAAAUACUGAAUCUAAAGGCAGCAUCUUUAUAUGUACCACAAAGGGUUGUUUUAAUCAUGUUGAAAAAAAUCUUACUCAGUGAUAGAUCAUUGUGUUCUCAUUGGAGUGAUAUCAACAUCACAUCUUACAAAUGUGUAGUGCUAUGGAUAAUUGUAGAUUUGGUUAUACAUGUCCACAGUCUCGGUCUAAUUUGUACUGAUUUCUGUAUAUAUUGAUUGUAUUAUAGUAACAGUCAGAUCUAAAAAUGUAGUAUGCAAAUUGUUAUAAGUAUACAUAAAAUCAAUGCACUCCAUCUUACUUAAAAUUCUUGCAUAAAAAUUGAGAAUUUUGACAUUUUGUUGCAAAUAAUUUUGAAUUUGUCAGGUCAUGUUUUGCCAUCUCAGAACUGUUUUAAUCCCAACAUAAAUUACAUAAUGUCCCAGUAUGUAAAGGGAAGUUUUACAUAUUCUUAUAUUUUUAUAUGAGGCUGUAUCUCUAUCACAUCCAUAUUUUAAGCAGACAAAACCAUUUUAUGGCAACAUAUCAAAAUGUGAUACCAGGUACUUAAUAAAUCCAUUAUUUCAGUGAAUACUUACUAGAUUCCCCUUGCUUUAUCUAAUUCUUUUUUAAUUUCUUUAUAUAUUGGACUUUUUAUGCAUGUGGUGUAAAUAUAUGUUCAUCAUCAAUGUAGAUUUUCCUUUCACUUCUUUUUUUAUAAUUUCUAUUUUUUACUUCAUGGCUGAGGAGUACCCCCACCCCAACACCACACAAAAUUGUGUGAUUCAAUGAAAGUGUCAGGUACAUGUACACAGACAGUAAGUUAUUAUGCCUAUUGCUUUUCCAGUCCACCUGUGCAAAGGUUAUACAUGUAACAGUGUUUUUGUUAUGCACCUAAAUACAUUUUUACUAUUUUGAUUAUUAUUUAAAGAGAAAUUAUUCAUAACAUUAUUUUUUUCAAAACAGUUUUUGUUAAAGUUCUCUAAAAGUUAAUAAAACAUUGUAAUGUAAUUUGAAUUCCUAUGCAUCAAAAAUAAAUAAUA